AUGCAAAAGCCUCCUUUCUCUUUUGAAGAAUUCUUACGGUCUCAAAAUUUGAAGGAGUGGCCCAGAUUUCUCUUUCUGGAUGAACCUUAUUCUUUGGUGGAUAAAUUACAGAAAGACUAUUCAUUUGAAGCUAUAUCUAAAUAUCUACAUGAAAAUGUGCCAUUAAACAUCAGCCCUCUCUCAGGUUUGGAGAAGAGAGUAAAUGCAUGCAUCACUAAACUAGAGGAACAUGCUCAAAAAAUAUUUUCAUUACAACAUGGACCAGGAUAUCUAGAGGAACAUCUUAUUCCACCUGAACAGCCCAUUGCUGCUGAGCAAAUUGAUGCAGAAGGAGUUUUGAAUCCAAAAAGUGAGAUGGGAGAAGCAAAGGUUGCCAAAUACUCUGUUGACAAGUCAAAGGGUAGAAAUGUAGAGAGCUAUAACUACCCUGGUUUCAAGGUAAAACAACUUUUAGAAUUACCAAGACAUUUGGAAGCUCCAAAACUUUGGGACUUCGUUAUAAAAGCUCAGCGUUUCAAAAAGGAUGUUCGUAAAGUUUGGAGAAGUUUGUUUCUCUCAAAAUCAUCUAUUGCAGUGUUUCAGGAUUCUUUCUGGUGGUGGUUUCUUCAAAAGUUUAAGCCUAACCAAGAAGAUCAAGACCACUUAUUUGACAGAAUUGCAGACAGUUUUGUGGCACUUUUUCUUCUUGUUCCUAGGGAUACUAAAGAUGCUUUUUUUCAGGUAUAUCCUGAUUGUUUGUCACAAGUCAUUUAUGUUGCUUUCUGUGAAGCAUUUCCAGAAUCCGUUAAACGUUUUGAUGAUGAUUUUAAGGAUGAAUUGGUAGAUAUAAUUUUUCAGUGGAUAUCAGGUCUGAAACCGAAGAAAUGUAUAUGGAGGAAAUGGAAUUUUAAUAGCUUUAAAACAACCAUGAUAAAUGGUACUAGUAAAGAUGCUACUACUAAUGUACUAGUUAGUGGAUCUGCCAGUUCUGUAGCAGCCUCAAGUGCCUUCUACCACUUUGUCUUCUCUACCCUGAUGGAUCAGGUCUUAGACAGUUUUAUGAUUUGA